ACUAAAUAUUAAUGUAGAAACUCUGUGUCUGCCCAAUAUUUCUUUCGUUUACAAACAACAGCUCAGCAGGAGUGGUCAGUAGUCAAUACAGAUAAUUUUAUCUGUUUGACCACUCCCACUACAUUCAAAACCGGAUACUCGCCAUCUUUCAUGAAAAAGCAUGUGGGAAAGUUCUUUUGCAGUUGUAAAUAUGCUGACAAAGAGACAAUGCAUAAAAUAUUUACUUGUUUGUGCGAUAUUUUACACAUUCAUAUAUGUUUUGUGGAAAAAAUUGAAAACUGUUCCUUGUAGAAUCAAUCACUCGAAGUUGAAUAGAAAUGGACUAAGAAAAGAAUAUUAUCUUAUUCAUAAUACGACUAAACAACUUACUGAAGUAGGUAAUUAUAUUUUCAAUGGCAACAUAUCAGAACUUGAGUAUGAUAGUGUACAAAGCAGACCGACCAAUUCAGAGGACAUGCCAUACCUCUGGUCAAUCUCGAAAAUGUGUGGUGAAUACAACCUUAGAACACCUCUAGUGAAGAGGCAUUAUUUACACAGCCCAAAUAAUACAUCGAUGUAUUGUUGGAUUCGCAAAGUUGCAUCCACAAGUUUUAUUAAAUUGUUCUCCGAUAUGAGGAAUCAGAGUAUUUCAAAGGAUUACCAUAAAGAAAUUGAUGUUUUGUCUCCAAAAACAAUUGGAGAACUGGAAGAUUUAAUCAAAGACAAUAAAGUGUUUAAAUUUUUAGUCAUACGUCAUCCCUUUCACAGAAUUGUUUCAUCGUACAGAGACCGAAUAGAAGACAAUACAAAGUACACAGCGCAAGCUUGGAUAUACGCUAGAAAGAUAUUCCACUUAACUAGGCCGGGAAUAUUUUACAAAAACGGGACAACUGUCAGCUUAUUGAAGAGAAUAUUUCACAAUGAUAAAAGAUUAAAAUUGGUUCCUACUUUCAAAGAGUUUGUAACUUGGUUAUUACAAGAACCUACAUCAAACGAUGAUGUGCACUGGGAUAGUUAUUAUUCGCAUUGCUCAGUCUGCAAUGUGAAGUACAAUUUCGUCAUGAAACUAGAAGAUUAUUCCAACCAAAUAAUAGAUUUUAUUUUCUUAAAAAUGGGAAUGACUAAAAACCAGUUCUUCAUGCCAAGUCUCGAAAAAACCCGUAAUGGCUCUACAGAUUACUAUCGCACAUGCAGAUACUUCAAGGAUUUGACACAAGAGACAAUUUUCAAACUGUAUCAACGAUAUAACAUUGAUUUCCAAAUAUUCAAUUAUACUCACGAAAAUUACUUAAAAUGCGCUCAUUGAGAUGAAAAUAAUGAAAUGCAUACACUGGGAGUCAAAAAUACUGUACGCUAUUGAAAAUUCAUGGGUAACUAAACAAAUAGAUAUCAAAGUGUAUUUUUCACAAUAAACAUCUCGCAGUAUGCAGUUACCCAUCUACAUUUGAAUAAAGUAUUGUAAAGUUAAGUUGUGGAAGUUUGCGAUGUCUGUGUCACAAUACAUUAAUUUCAAUUAUUGAUUCAUUCUAUCUAGCUCUGGUUCACUUAUCGAAAUGGGAACUAGGUACGGCACAAAUUUGAAUUUGAAUAUUUGAAUUUAUAAGAGGCUGAAGUAAAAAACGUUAACAUAAAGAAACAUGGGGGAAAAAUCACUGUUUCGCAAUUUUAGUGACUGAAAUAGUUGAGUAAGUUGAGGUUUCAAAAUAUAAAUAUAUUUUUCGUUACUAUAAUUUACGAUGUAACGAUUUUUUCCGAAACGUGAGUCGUGACAUUCUUUAAGCGGGAUGCGCGCGAAUACUAAGCACGGUGCUAAUAAGAACGAUAUAAUUUUGAUAUCACAUGAAUCGUUUUCCCAGUUCAUAAUGCGAAUUAACCUGUAAAAAGUUAAGUA